AUGGUCGCGUCGUCGUCGCGGCCGCACGCCGCGUCCGCGUCCGUCUCCGCCGCGCCGCCGACGCACCUCUCCACGUUCCCGCCGCCGUCCUCCGCGGCCGUCGCGUCGCGCCUGGCGGGCGGUCAACGACUCUCUCGAGAUCUACGAGACGCGAUCGAGGCGCGAUGGCGCCACGACGCCGCGGCGACGGACGAGUUCGCGCGCGUGUUCUCGGAGACCGCCGCGCGGCAUGGGGCGUCCUCGGAGGCGCGUCAUCGAUCGAGCGCGCAACAACCGUCCUCUCCGACGCCGCCGCCGCCGACGCCGCGCGCGCGCGUCGACGCGCGCGCGUCGUCGUCGUCGUCGUCGUCGUCGUCGUCGCCGUCGUCACGACCGAUGGCAACAACGCCGUCGCAUCGGAAGCUCCGCGAGAGACUCGACGCGUGCGACGUCUCCGGCGUCGACGCGGCGUCGAUCGACUGGUCCGCGCUCGCGAGCGUGAUUUCGUCCGAGGCGGUCGCCGCGCUCGGCGCGAGGGGAAGAGGAGAAGCCGAAGGAGACGGCGACGACGACGCGGACGCGCGCGUCGCGUUUGAAGUCAACAGCGGCGGCGCCGUGUUUUUUUGUAUUUUUUCGUCGCCGCCGCCGCCGUCGUCCGAACCCGCGCCCGAGCCAGCGACCGAGCGCGUCCUCGUCGUGAAGUUCUGCUCGGACAGGCUCGCCGCGCAGUCGGAGUACUUCGCGCACGAGAUCGCGUCCGCGCUCGGCGUGGACGUCCCGGAGACGCGGCUGUUCCGACGGAAACCGGCGGCGGCGGCGGCGGCGGCGGCGGCGAACAAGGAGAGCGACGCGCGCGCGUCGUCGUUCGACGAGUGGAGCGCGAUGACGCGCGCGGCGGAGCGCGCGGUCGCGGAGUGGCGCGACGACGCCGACGCCGCCGACGCCGACGCGCGAGACGCCGCGGGGAGGAUGCUGGGAUGCCUGCGCGCGCAGCACGCCGCGCUGGUGAUGCGUUUCGUCCGCGGAGGAGGGUUGUUCUCGACGACGCGAUCGCGAUCGCCGAAAGGAAAAGUCCUUAAGGAACGGCGUGCACCACGCGAACGGGGUCGUAUGGGAAGCAGUCUCAACGCGAACGCCGACGACGCGGGCGACGAGUCCUCAGAUCGUCCUCUUCGUCCGUUCGACACCCCCGCGCGAUCGGCCGCGGCCGCGGAAGCCCUCGGCAGGGUCUUCGUCCUGGACGUCCUGUUAGGGAACGCGGACCGGAUGAAGUGCGAGCGGCUGGCGUGGAGAGGCGCGUUCUAUACACUGGUUCCCCAUACGACCGCGUCCGCGUGGUGA